AUGGAGAUUACAGACGACACUGACAAGAAGCCUCGCACUGAUCACGUUGACGAUGUCGUUCCCGCGCCUACGAUGCAGUCCAAAUUGACGGUUCCGCCGCUUGUUGCGGCCAUGUCGCAGGAGCAUCGCAUGGAGGCUGAAGCCAAGCUGCGGAAGAAAAUCGACACAAGGCUGCUGCCAAUGAUCAAUCUCAUGUACAUCAUGAAUUACCUUGAUUGGAACAAUGUUGCUGCGGUUAGAUUGGCCGGUUUGCAGGACGAGCUGAACCUAAGCAGUGUGCAGUACCAGGUUAGUCCCAAUUGCCAUCUGAGGUCCCGGAAUUCGAACUGUUCAUAG